CCGCGAAAACCAAUUUUUCCCACGAAAACAUGUUUUCAUUGUUGGUCCGAACAUGGUAUAAACACUGAUUGACGGGGCCCUGAUUGUGUUUUGUUGCCAGCUCAGAAAAAAGAUCAGGGUCCGUUGCCGGAUGACAAGCGAGAGAGCAAGAAAAGAUAUUCUUAUCAAUUUAUCUAUAGCAAUUCUUGGUCGUGUUACUCCAGCAUAAGGGAAGCUAUUCUCUUCACGGCAGUUUUUUGUUUUCCAAUUAUAACUCAAUUACACUAUGCAGCUGGAAAAGGAGGACAUGAAAUCUGGAAAUAAAUUUAAAUCGUCUAAGGAUGUUCUAGUUCGGAUAUUCUUGGUGUUUCUUUUAAUAACUACUGUUACUGCUGUUUUAUUGGAAUUUGGGAUUCCGGAUAGCAGAUUAUGGAAAACUGAAAAAAUCAUUGAAAUACAGCCCUCGGAAGCAUCAGAAAUUAAUUAUUACAAAUUUGCAAUAUAUCCUCCUUUCAAACAAUCAGAUAAACAUCUUCAUCACGUAAUAGAAAUAUUAGGACAAAUGGGAUAUAAAGAAACCUCUAUGAAUAAUAAAAAUUGGAGUUUACUCUGGGCACAUGAAUACCCUUUUCUCAAAAUGGGACCAAGGAUAAGAACUAUUUUGCCACGUCAAAUGGUUAACCAUUUUCCUGGUAUAGGGUUCAUUACAAGCAAGGUUGAUCUAUCCACUGCUGCAUUUCCAUUCAUGCCUAAGGCUUUUCGGUUGCCAGAACAGCAAGCAGAAUUUUUAAAAUUUGCAAUGGAUAAUCCCGAUUCCAUAUUUGUGGAGAAAAACAACAAACACAGAUCCAUUAAAAUUCGACCUUUGAAUUCUAUAAACUUGAAUGCGUCUGACUGUUUCUUACAAGAAUAUGUUCAAAACCCUUUUUUGGUAGAUGGACACAAAUUCGAUUUAGGAGUUUAUAUAGUAUUGACGUCUAUUGAACCAUUAACAGUAUAUAUGUAUGGAGGAGACAUUUUGUUCCGUUACUGUCCGGAAAAAUAUUAUCCAUUUGAAGCUGAAAAUAUUAAUAAAUACGUCAUUGGAAAUGACUAUUUACCAACGUGGGAAGUUCCUUCUUUGAUCAAAUAUUUUGAAAGAUUUGGGGGAAGUAUGCGCUCUUCUUUCGAUGCAUACGUACGAGAUCAAUUUUUAGACCCAUCUGUAAUUUGGGUGCAAGUUGAAGAGAUUGUACGUCAGACUAUAUUAUCCAAGAAAAAUAACAUUUUAAAAGCAAUGCAACCCUUUAAAAAUGGAAAGUAUUUCGAGCUCCUACGAUUUGAUUUAAUUGUUGAUGAUAAGUUACAAGUUUAUCUCAUGGAGGUCAAUAUGUCUCCUAAUCUUUCAUCGGCACAUUUCAAACCUAAUGCACUGUUGUACCAACAAGUUUUAUACAAUGUUUUAAAUUUAGUUGGAGUUGGAUCACCUCUUCGAAUUGAUAAAAGGUUUUUUAAUGAUGAAAAAAUAACAUCGGAUAAAAAUAUUGCGGUAAAUCUGAAUGAUUGUGCUAAAUAUGCCUGUCAUAAGUCCUGUAAUAAAUCUGAAUGUGAUCUCUGUUUAUCCUGCUUGAAAGCUUCAGAAGUUAAUAUAUUAAAAGCGGCACAUUAUGAACAUUUACAUAAAAUGGAAAUGAAGAGAAUAUUCCCAAAAACAAUGAAUAUGGAUACAGAUGAAGAUGAAAUCUUUGAUAAUUUGACUACCGCAAUAUGCGAAAAUAUAUCCAAUAUGUCUGCAGAAUCAACACCAAUGAUAAAAAGAGAAAGCGUUUUCAAGUUACAACGGCAUGGUCCUCGGAAGAUAUGUUUAAUUUAAUAGAAAUAAUAGAAAAACAUCCUUGUCUGUGGGAAUAUUCUUCAUCAGAUUAUAAAAACCGACAGAAGAGAGAGAACGCAUGGAGAGAAGUUGCAGCGAACUGUCAUGGCCGUAGCGUUGAUGAGUGUAAAGCCAAGUGGGCGAAUGUGAAAACAGAGUACAAUAAUACAAAAAACAAAUUACAGGUAAAGUCUGGUCAGAGUGCGUSAAGUUCACAACCUGAUUGGCAAUUUUGGACUGCAAUGCAGUUUUAUCAUAACCACGGCAAAGAAAAAACGACUUCAUCUGUUUGAAAUAUAAGCCCUGGUAGUGAAAGUUUACCAAACACGCAUUUUCAACCCCUCAACAUGCAAUAUCAUCGCCAGCUGAUGCAGCAACCAAUUCGCCAAAAGAUAUUUUAAAA